AUACGCUAUAUAUAUACACGUAUGCGGAUUAUAUUGGAUUGGAGAAGAUGAUUCCCGAGACGGCGUUGCUGGAAUGCCUGGUUCCGUCGUGGUGGGAGGUGCAGGUCACCGUCGCCGCCGCGGCCUUCGUCAUCUUCGCCUACUGGUUCUUCUUCUAUGAUGGAGACGCCACUCGCGUCGCUUCGGCCUACUGUUCCGGUGUCGCUACCGGAGUUCUUAAUGAAGAUGACAAGAUCAGCCAGUUAAAAGGUGAUUAUCAAACAAAUUCUCCAUACAUAAUCAAGGUGGAACUGCUAGCUGCUAAGAAUCUCAUUGCUGCUAAUCUGAAUGGCACAUCAGAUCCAUAUGCAAUUGUCACCUGUGGGACACAAAAGCGGUUCAGUUCAAUGGUUCCUGGUUCAAGAAAUCCAAUGUGGGGAGAGGAGUUCAACUUUUCUGUUGAUGAACUUCCUGUUGAGAUUAAUGUUACAAUAUAUGAUUGGGAUAUUAUUUGGAAGAGUGCAGUUCUUGGUUCAGUGACUGUUCCAGUUGAAAAUGAAGGUCAGACUGGAGCUUUAUGGUAUUCGUUGGAUAGCCCAUCAGGACAGGUUUGUCUUCAUAUUAAAACUUUAAGGUCGAAUACGAAUUCUCCCAGGCGUUUGAAUGGCAUUGCCGGUGCUAGUGCUCGAAGGAGGGUUACUUUGGAAAAACAAGGACCUACAGUAGUGCACCAGAAGCCUGGACCGCUGCAAACAAUAUUUGAACUCCCUGCUGAUGAAGUUGCUGACCAUAGUUUUUCAUGUGCACUCGAGAGGUCAUUUUUGUAUCAUGGGCGGAUGUAUGUCUCAACAUGGCAUAUCUGCUUCCAUUCUAAUGUGUUCUCAAAGCACAUGAAGGUAAUCGUUCCUUUUGGAGAUAUUGAUGAGAUUAGGAGGAGCCAACAUGCAUUCAUCAACCCUUCCAUCACAAUAAUUCUUCGUGUGGGUGCAGGGGGCCAUGGUGUGCCACCUUUAGGGAAUCCUGAUGGCAGAGUCAGGUAUAAAUUUGCUUCCUUUUGGAACAGAAACCAUGCAUUCAGAGGUUUGCUACGUGCAGCAAAGAACUUUCAUGCAAUGUUAGAAGCUGAGAAGAAGGAGAGGGAACAGUCAAUGCUACGUGCACAUAGCAGCUCUUUUAAAGCUAGUAAUAUUAGUCCACAGGAAAGUGUGCCCAAGGUGGAGAAGUUCCUUCCAUUCAUCAAAGAGGAAGUUCUUUCUGGCAUAUAUAAUGAUGUUUUCCCAUGCACUGCUGAGCAAUUCUCUGAAUUACUGCUAGUCAGUGGUUCAAAUUUCAUGCGCGAGUACCGUGCAUUACGAAAGGACACCAACCUUGCAAUGGGUGAGUGGCACCCUGCAGAAGAGUAUGAUGGUCAAGUCAGGGAAAAUACAUUCAGAUCUCUUUGCAAUAGCCCAAUGUGCCCACCAGAUACAGCAAUGACGGAAUAUCAACAUGUUGUUCUGUCACCAGAUAAAAAUUUACUGGUGUUUGAGAGUGUACAACAGGCACAUGAUGUACCAUUUGGAUCAUGUUUCGAGGUUCAUUGUAGAUGGUCUUUGGAAACUAAUUCUGAAUCCUCCUGCUAUAUGGAUAUAAAAGUUGGUGCACAUUUUAAGAAAUGGUGUAUAAUGCAGUCCAAAAUCAAAGCCGGUGCUGUAAAUGAGUAUAAGAAAGAGAUGGAGCAAAUGCUAGACGUGGCUCGUUCAUACAUUAAGUCUAAACUUCCUGCUAGUGAGAGUAGUAGAAAGUUUGCUUCCUCGCCAUCGCUUACCAGUGACAUCAGACAGGAAGAUCGGAAGAAGCGAAGAGAGAGAGGGACGAGUAUGGGUGGGUCGUCGUUGAUCUUCGGCGCUGUUCUUGUGUACUGUUUGGCGGUAGCAGUGGUGGCGGAGGAGCAGCUGAGCACGAAAGAGUGUGAGAAUCUCGGCUUCACGGGUCUUGCUCUCUGCUCCGACUGCAGAACGCUUUCCGAGUAUGUCAAAGACCAAGAGGUGGUGUCUGACUGUUUGAAGUGUUGCACUGAAGACUCAGAUGAUGCCACAAGCAAGGUUGUUUAUGCGGGAGCGGUUAUAGAAGUCUGCAUGAGGAAGUUGGUAUUCUAUCCUGAAAUCGUUGGCUUUAUUGAAGAAGAGAAGGAUAAGUUUCCUUCUGUAAAAGUUCAAUAUGCAUAUAAUUCUCCACCAAAGUUGAUUAUGCUGGAUGAUAAUGGAGGGCACAAGGAAACCGUCAGAAUUGACAACUGGAAACGUGAGCACAUACUGCAGUUCUUAACCGAGAAGGUUAAACCAUCUUCUGAUAUUUAAUGAAAUUAUUGAAAUCUUCUAUACAAUAUUCCAUAUUAGCACAUCAGUUUGAACACUAAUAUGCAUAAACAAUCCACUAGCAUUGCAAACACUGAAACAAUCAUUUUUGUAUUUAGGCUGUGCAUUUAGUUUUGCAGCACAAGUAAACUGCCUAUUGUCCUUGCCUUAACCGAGCAUGUAAAGACAAUGUUAAUUUUAAGGAUGGUUGCAUCUCCCAGUUAUUUUCCA